AAAAUGCCAUGUUGAAGACGCCCAGAGAGCAUCAAACAAAGUUCAAAGGAUCGCAAAAUGGCUAUCAAGUCGUCUUUACUCUCCAAAUUUGCGGUCAUGUUGCCACUCCUCACUGGAUCAGUGACAGCAGGCUCAAUAGCUGACAUCGAGCAUGUCGUUCUCUUCAUGCAAGAGAAUCGCGCCUUCGACCAUUACUUCGGCACCAUGGCAGGAGUCCGCGGAUUUUCAGAUCCGAACGUUCAAGUCAACUCCGGCAAGCCAGUCUGGCAACAGGAUGUGAAUGCUGCUUUGACGAGCAGCGCCUCAUACCUCCUUCCAUGGUAUCUUAACUACCAAGGUGGAGACUUCUUGGAAGCUACGCAAUGUAUGGCUGCAGGUGACAAUGGAUGGGAGUCCAAUCACGCUGCUCUGAAUGGUGGGUUGAACAAUCAUUGGGCCACAGACAAUACUCCCUGGAGUUGGGGCCAUUACAGGAGAAGCGAUAUCCCGGUGCAGUUCUCAAUUGCCGAUGCUUGGACCAUUGGAGACAUGUAUCAACAAUCCGUCAUCGCCUCUACCAACCCCAACCGUGUGACUUGGGCUUCAGGAUCUAUCAACGUUCCAGGAUCACCACAAACCAAAUCUCAAGGUGGCUUCCCCUAUAUCGACAACAACGAAACACCUGGCUGCGAGAAAGGCGGUUUCAACUGUUAUCCCCUCACCUGGAAAACCACAGCCGAGAUCUAUCAAAAUGCCAAUGUCUCCUGGUCUGUAUUCCAAGAUAGCGACAAUUUCGAUGACAACCCACUCGCCUGGUUCGGUCAAUUCCAAGACGCCGCCGAAACCUCUCCUCUCUACAAGCAAGGCAUGGUUGGACAAAGUCUCAACGACUUCUACGCACGAGCAAAGAACGGAACUCUACCCGCAAUCUCCUACAUCAUCGGCCCCUCAGAACUCUCAGAACACCCUCCCUACUCCCCCCGCGAUGGCGCAUGGCUCCAAAAGCAAAUCGUCGACGCCGUCACCAAAGGAGUUGCAUAUUCCCAAACGGCUCUCAUCAUCUCCUACGAUGAGACAGGAGGAUGGGGAGACCACGUCACGCCCUACCACUCCCCAUCCGGCACACCAGGCGAGUGGCUAGACGACCCUUACGGUAAAGUCGGAUACACGUACUCUGGACCUGGGUUCCGCCUCCCAUUCUACAUCAUCUCACCCUGGACACGAGGCGGCCGCGUCUUCACCGAACACAGCGACCACAAUUCGCAAAUCAAAUUCAUCGAGGAAUGGCUCGCAGCGAAAGGUAUGAACGUCGAUACACCCGAAAUGGUCCCCUGGAGACGAACACACAUGUCUGAUCUCGUCAACGCAUUUGAUUUCGAUAACCCUGAUUACUCUCUCCCUACUCUCCCCGAUGCACCAGCUCCUCAUAAAGACGCCAGUGGGAAUUAUGACGGUGCCGCGAAUUGUGAGGGUCGGUAUGCCAUUACGAGACCUACAGUUCCGUAUGACAAUCAGAUCGCUCCAGAUAAAGUGUUCACUCUCUCCGAACAAGGCUUCAAACCUAUGCGUGGCGCCCUCACAGAAGGCCGAUUCAUAGUUUUCGAGCUCAAUGGCUGGGCACUCACCAAUGCUGGUAAACCCGCCACGGACUUGACAGCCAGCAAAGCCACAGCCAAUCACGAAAAUAUCUCCCAAAGAUGGAUUGUGCACCAAGCCAACAGCAACGAUGAAGAUGAAACGCUGUUUACGAUUAGUAGUGCGAAAGAUGGGAGGUAUUUUGGCAGUCAUACGUCGUUAGUGGAUAGUGAGAAGGGGGCGCAGAAAUAUCAAUUGCGGUUUGAGGCUGGGAAAGGGAAAGGGUAUAGUUUGCAGAAGGAGAAUGGGAAGUUUGUUACUGUGGAUGGGAAGGGGGGUGUACAGAUCUCGGGGGAGGCGAGCUAUUUGCAGGCUUUUAGUGUGACUUACUCGAGUUGA